AUGACAUACAGAUACGAUGCAGGUACUACAACAUUUUCCAGCGAUGGCCGUAUUCUCCAAGUAGAGUAUGCUAUCCAAUCUAUCAACCAAGCUGGUACAGCAAUUGGCGUUCAGUUUACAAAUGGUGUAGUUUUAGCUGCAGAAAAAAAGAACACAGGUAGACUCGUUGACUACUUAUUCCCAGAAAAAAUGGCUAAAAUUGAUGGUCAUAUUGUUACAGCAGUCGCUGGUUUAACAGCUGAUGCAAAUACACUCGUUGAUUUGAUGAGAACAUCAGCACAAAAGUAUCUCAAGACAUACGACGAACAGAUGCCAGUUGAACAGCUCGUCCGCAUGGUUUGCGAUGAAAAGCAUAGCUACACACAGUAUGGUGGUCUCCGUCCAUACGGUGUUUCCUUCUUAAUUGCUGGUUACGAUCGUCAUAAAGGCUGCCAACUUUACUUGACCGAUCCAUCUGGUAAUUUCGGUGGUUGGAAGGCUACAGCUAUCGGAGAGAAUAAUCAGACUGCCCAAUCAAUCCUCAAAUCUCAGUACAAGGACAACAUGACAGCUACAGAGGCUAUGGAUCUUACUGUUAAGGUAUUAUGCAAGACUCUCGAUUCUACUAGCCUUAGCGCUGAUAAGUUAGAGUUUGCUGUCCUUCAGUUCCGCGAGGAAUACGGUCCAAAGGUUCGUAUCCUUACAACAUCCGAAGUUGAUACUUUAAUGAAGAGAUACGAAGAAACUAUCAAGAAAUCAGCUGAGGAGAAGGAAUAA